GCACCGGAAAUCUCCUCCUAUAGGAAGGGAGGGGAGGGGCGAGCACUCCGGAAGUGACUCGGUCACUGACUCCCGCUACUCAGCCCGGUGUCAAUAGAGGAGUGACAUAUCAGUGAUGAUGCUAAGUCUAUGGGGCCAUAAACCUGUAUAGGAGAACGCGUUAGCCGUGUGGACUGUGCGGGCUUCCGUAGUUGUGUGUUGUUGUCACUUCCCUGUGGGGGACACGUGGGGGGCUGAGUGACAGGACACAGCUGCUGGACUCGUGGCUGCAAAUGAGGGUAAAGGAGCCAUCAUCCUUGUCAGGUCUGAGAAGGGGAAAAAGGAGUAGAAGAACAAAUCGCCCACCAGAUGAAGAUUCCUCAGAUGACAUUGUUGGUCUUACUUGCCAUCAUGUUGGCCAAGCAGUGGAUGUAAAUCGGGUCAAAGCAGUGUCACAAAAUGUGUGGUCAUCAUGCACAGACUGUGUUAAAGAAAGGAGGAUGAAGGAUGGAGAACCUGUAGCCCCUGCUGAAGUUUGGCUGUGCCUUAAAUGUGGCCACCAGGGCUGUAGUUCCAACUCAGAAUGCCAGCACUCCUUGAAACAUUUUCAAAUGUCACAAGUGGCAGCACCUGCAUUGCAAUCAAACAUUAGUACAUGGAUCAUUUGUUGUUAUGAAUGUGAUGAGGAACUUUCGACUCAUUGCAACCAGAAAGCGCUGGCCCAGAUGCUGGACUUUCUGCAGAAACAUUCAUCGCGCUCUGAGAAAGGGUGUUCAUUAAAGGUCAUUUGCCUUCGCGAACAAAGUAGUGAAAAGGUUAAGAAGAGCACCUCCCGGAAUAGCACAUCGGUCCCUGUGAAAGGCAUAAUAAAUCUGGGAAACACCUGUUUCUUCAAUGCAAUCAUGCAGAACCUGACACAUACACAUUUGUUAACUGAAGCCUUGGAUGAACUGAGAGAGAGAAGUGCAAAACUGAAGAUUUGCCUAACUGAAGAGGAUUUGGAUCCUUUGGUGAUCAGUCUUUCCAACCCUGGCCCACUUACCUCUGCAGUGGUCUUGUUCUUGCACAGCAUAAAAGAGGCAGGCAAGGAACCCGUGUCUCCUAAAAUGCUCUUCAGCCAACUUUGCCAAAAGGCUCCAAGGUUUAAAACCUUUCAGCAACAAGACAGCCAAGAACUCCUUCACUAUUUACUAGAUGCCCUACGUAUAGAAGAAACUAAGCGCAUACAGUCUGGAAUUUUAAAAGCAUUCAACAACCCAACAACUAAAACAGCAGACGAGGAUACAAGGAUAAAAGUUAAAGCUUACGGAAGAGAAGGCGUAAAGACAAAUUUCAUAGAUAGAGUGUUUGUUGGUGAAUUAACCAGCACAAUCAUGUGUGAGGAAUGUGAACAAAUUUCCUCUGUGACGGAAGCAUUUAUUGAUCUUUCACUGCCGAUUAUAGAAGGGAGGGUAUCAAAACCUGUAGUUUACGGAAAAGGAGCUAAAGUCAGAAGUAACCAGGGAGAUGAGAGUACUGUGUGCAACUGUAUAAACAGUGUAUCAGGAAGGAUACAGAGGAAGCACUCGCCAAUAAAAGACAGUGACCAGUGGAGAAAAGAACAGCAGUCAGCUUAUGAAUCCACAUCUAAUGACAACAAAAACCUUAGAUUAUUGCAAGAAAACAGAGAGAAGUCUCAAGUUGGUACAAAUAACAAUGUUCCCAAGACUGGCAGCCAGUCAGAUGGCAGUGAAAUAGACCAGGAUAGCCAACUGGAAAGCAGUGGAGAUGCAGAUAGCGAAGCUUCCGAGUGUGAGAAUUUAUUAGCCCAAACGGAAAUCAACAGAGAAAACAACAGUCAUACAAAUCAUAAAACUGAUGGAAAUCAUUCUGCCAUUAAUGAUUUCUUACGCUCAUCACUUGAUGCUGUCACUGGGCCUCUGUCAAAGCUCAGCCUGAAUCCUAUGGAGGAUAACAUGGGUUCAUGUGAAGAGGAACCUUGUUCACAUCCAAAGUGUGUGCUAUCCCAGAAUCCUCAAACUGCUUUCCAAACACUCUCCCAGGGUUAUGUAACCAGCUCCAAAGAAUGCUCUGUGCAGUCCUGUCUCUACCAGUUUACAUCUGUAGAGCUCUUGAUGGGGAACAACAAACUGCUGUGUGAGAAGUGUACUGAAAACAGGAUGAAGUAUCAAUGGAAAACUCAUUCUGCUGAGGAUAUACAAGGUAGUGUCUAUACAAAUGCCAGGAAACAGCUUUUGAUUUCAGCAUUACCAGUUGUUCUUAUUCUGCAUUUGAAAAGAUUCUGCCAGAAUGGGCUAACACUGCGUAAAAUCAAUAGGCAUGUGGAUUUUCCCUUCAUUUUAGACCUGGCACCCUUUUGUGCUGCAACUUGCAAGAAUGUGUUAGAAAAAAAAAGUGUUCUGUACAGUCUCUAUGGAAUAGUGGAGCACAGUGGAUCUAUGAGAGGAGGACACUAUGUAGCAUAUGUCAAGAUCCGAAUGCCUUCUAAAGGAUCAGUACUGAAAGAUGGAGCAACAUCUUCUUCCAGCCAAUGGGUGUAUAUUAGCGAUACACACAUACAGAUGGUGGAUGAAUCCAGGGUGCUAGCUGCUCAAGCUUAUCUUUUAUUUUAUGAAAGACUGUAGUGAAAGUUCUUUUGAACUUUGCUCUAAAACACAUUUUUCACUCAUAGGUCUACGUGAUGCUAAAGAAAGGAAGAUCUAUGAAAAUAUGCUGCUCUACGUGUGUUUGUAAUAUGACACUAGUAAUUGGUUUUCAGUUAAUGCUUUUUUCUUGACAAAGUAUAACAACAGAGUGUAAAUGCAUAUUAGGUCAAUUUGGACCUAAUCUAAUUCUCAUCGGCCAAUGUAUCCUAUUUUAAUAAAAAAAAAUCUGGAGGAAUGUGGCCAGAAAUACUGCUUGA